AAGGUUUGGGUCACCAUGUUGGAUCAAAUGCUUAUCUUAACGUUGCUCCGUGUUUUAAUAGUUUAUCAUGCCGGGUGACACUUCGUUGUCGCGAGCCCAAAGUGUAAACUGUUAUCGGAGUGGCUUCCCGGUUCUUUAUGACAGGAGCUCUUCACGACACGUUCUCGACGGAGAGGAAGGAUUACUGUUUUGAUUUGGAGACACGGAUACCCAUUAGCUAGCACAGGUUGACUAGCACGGUGUUUUUCUGCAGCAAGCAAGCAUUGAGACGCUUUCAUCUUUUUGUUGGCUUCAUCGAGUGCUUGUGUGUCAACUUUGUCCACCGGCUGUUUUGUUUUGACAAGACUGUCGAUGGCGGGGAAGUAAGUUGCGAAAACAGCCUUUCUGCGAUGUUUUCUCAUCUGCUAUUUUGAGUCAUGCUCAAUUCUUAUCCAAGAAGGAGGCGGAUUGAUGCGCCCAUCUCAGGUAGAUCUCAGUAAUAUGUGAGUGAGAGGGGUCACCAAGACCUGGGCCUGCCUGCUGGAAGUUGGGCCUGGAGGACACAGCACCUCUGUACUGGACCAGAAGCGUUAAUUACCACUUACCACAGAUUACCACUAUUGGCCUACACAUAUAGACACACACAGACACAUCUAAGGAGACUUGUAUUUAGAAUAAUUGAUGCAUCUUCCAAGCAGACUGGAGCCCAGGUGGCAGGAACAGCGUGUGGCGAACUUGGACACUUUUACAAUAUGAUGGCUCUUCUUCUCCAUGUGACAAGUGUCUGAUCCCACUAUACACUCAAUCAGACUUUCAUUAGCAGGGGGGGGGACGCCAUCUCUACCAUGAGGGACAUUUAGGGGCACCAUUUUUUUAUUUAUUGAGGGGUGGGCGGGUUGUUUUUUCUUUGUUUUUACUUAGUUUCCUUUGUCAGGUCUGGAUAGAACUAAGACUUGGUUUGCCACAUUUUACUUCCCUGCCAUACUCAUUUCAGAUUUAAGCAUCAUUUGAACCCUCAAUGUUUUUAUUUAGUGUUCUGGAAGUUUAAUUGAUUGUGCUACAGGAGCCUGGUAGCUACUGCCAUCACUUCAAUUAGGCAGUGAAUGGCUCUUUGCGGCACAACAGCUUCAAAUGUUACAAAAAUGAUGGCUGCUUAUAACGGUGGCUCUUCGGUGGCUGCCCAUCACCCUCAUCACCACCACCAGCUGCAGCAUCUUCCGCCUCCACACGUGCAUUGUCACCACCACGCGGACCAGCAUCACCUGCAGCAUCCGGGCUCCGCCGCUGCCGUUCACACCAUCCAGCAGCACACCGCCGCUGCCGCUGCUGCUGCCGCUGCCGUGAUGCUCAACCCUGGUCAGCAGCAACCUUACUUUCCCUCCCCGGCCCCUGGACAGGCCCCUGGCCCCGCAGCAGCUGUGGCCCCUGCCCAAGUUCAAGCUGCUGCUGUCAAAGCGCACCAUCAUCACCACCACCAUCAACAUCAUCAGCAGCACACACACCACCUGCAGCCGCAGCUAGAUAUAGAGCCUGACAGACCUAUUGGCUAUGGUGCGUUUGGGGUUGUCUGGUCAGUCACAGACCCCAGAGAUGGGAAGCGUGUUGCCCUCAAAAAGAUGCCCAAUGUCUUCCAAAACCUUGUUUCUUGCAAGAGGGUAUUUCGAGAAUUGAAGAUGUUAUGUUUCUUUAAGCAUGAAAACGUGCUCUCUGCGCUUGACAUCCUUCAGCCUCCACACAUUGACUACUUUGAGGAAAUCUAUGUAGUGACUGAACUGAUGCAAAGUGACCUCCAUAAGAUCAUCGUCUCGCCACAGCCUCUGAGCUCAGACCACGCCAAAGUUUUUCUCUAUCAGAUUCUACGAGGACUUAAAUACCUUCAUUCUGCUGGCAUUCUUCAUCGAGACAUUAAACCAGGCAACCUCUUGGUCAACAGCAACUGUGUACUAAAGAUCUGUGAUUUUGGCCUGGCAAGGGUAGAGGAAACUGAUGAGUCGCGGCACAUGACUCAGGAAGUGGUGACACAAUACUACAGAGCCCCAGAGAUCCUGAUGGGGAGCCGCCACUAUGCCAACUCCAUUGAUAUCUGGUCUGUGGGCUGUAUCUUUGCUGAGCUGCUGGGGCGACGAAUUCUCUUCCAAGCCCAAAGUCCCAUCCAGCAGCUGGAUUUGAUCACUGACUUGUUGGGAACUCCCUCUAUGGAGGCAAUGAGGACAGCAUGUGAAGGUGCUCGUGCACACAUUCUCAGAGGACCUAACAAACAGCCAUCCCUUCCUGUUCUUUACACACUGUCCAGCCAAGCAACUCAUGAAGCUGUCCAUCUCCUCUGCAGAAUGCUUGUUUUUGAUCCAUCUAAGCGGAUUUCAGCAAAGGAUGCCCUGGCUCACCCAUACCUGGAUGAGGGUCGACUGCGCUACCAUACAUGCAUGUGCAAAUGCUGCUACACAACAUCCUCUGGCCGGGUUUACACAAGUGACUUUGAGCCUGUCACCAACCCCAAGUUUGAUGAUGGCUUUGAGAAGAAUCUAAGCUCUGUGAGACAAGUCAAAGAGAUCAUUCAUCAGUUCAUUUUGGAACAGCAAAAGGGGAGUCGAGUUCCACUCUGCAUCAACCCUCAGUCAGCUGCAUUCAAAAGCUUUAUCAGUUCCACAGUGGCGCAGCCCUCUGAAAUGCCUCCGUCUCCACUGGUGUGGGAGUAGCUGCUGUCGUGAGUGUGGUCAUCUUUGCCUGUGAAGCUGUUAAAAUGGAAUCACGAAAGCGUCUCAAUAUCAUCUGUCAUCUCGGUAGCAUUUCACUGGAGAAGCAUGACUUCUAGUUGGCAUCUACUGGUUGUGUGCUAAAAUAUGAAAACUUUUUUUUUUGUAAUCAUCCACGAGCUGACUUUUGUGGGUGUACUACAAGGUUGGAAAUGUGUGACAUACUCAGUAGGAUAGCAUUGUCAUCAUCACACUGCACACUUGCUUUUAUGUGUAGAUUUAAAAUUUGUAUUUUAAAAAGGAGCUUUUCACAAGCCGUGGCGAUGACUUUUUCCUGUAAUCUGCUAGUAUGACAGCUGUCUUCCCUUCUGAACUGUCAAAUUACCAAAUCAGCAUGACACCCAGUUUAACCUAAUAUUCAGACAAUCGAUUGUAGUUGCAUCAUCAGGUUUUAGGAACCUUCCCCAUUUUUGAGAACAAUGUUCUUGGGUAAGUCAUAUUUUUAACAGGAUAUCCUUUGGCAUGUUCCCCCUGUGCUCACACAUUUUAUAGGUUCUAUCAUUUGCCAAAGAAGAGUUACAUUAAUUUUGUGUGCAAAGCGGGUGUGUUUAUGGAAGUCAUGCCAAUUUUAAAAGUGUUGGAGCCCAGGUUUGUCUACUCAUAAACCGCAACAUUUGUACUGUAUCUGUAUUCAGAGCAAAAUUUAUUUAAGGAAAUUCCAACUGAUAACGGUUGCAUAUACCCACAAAGGUGGACGAGCAUACAGGAAUGUAAUUGAUUUUAAAAUGUAUGUGAAGUUUUACAUUAAUACCACAAAUAUAGGCAUGCUGUUUUGCAUGCAGUUUAAGAGAUAAUAUAUGCAAAUAUUUUUAUGUGCGCAGCACCUGCAUUUUUUAAAAACCUUGUCCAGAAUACUCAGGUAUCACCUGAAAAUAGUAAACGCAGUAGCUCGUUAGUUUACCAUAAGGUUAAACCCUAGCCUUUGCUUCCUUUUUGGAAUAAUGACAGCGAGAGCUCACAUUGUUCAUACGAUUUGUUUGCUGAAUAAAUCUGCUUUGUUUUUGGUUGUAAAUGUUGUGCUAAGGCGCCAUGAAGAAGGAACAGGAAAGGGAGCAACAUGGCUGAAAUAUGCAAAAAUCAUUCUCAGUUUUUCAACUUCCACAAUGGAGUCUAUUUGAAUAAGUGUGGCAGUUACAGUAAAGCCGAAAGGGAAAGGGGCAGCUAACCCCACAUUUAAGCAGAAUGUUUGGUCAACAUCUGAUUUGUUUGAUUUCAAAACAGUUUUUUUUCCAGAAAACAUUGGAAAUAAUUCAUUUGUUGCCAUCAUAAAACAUGUAUUAACUGUACAAUAAGGUUGUACCGGUACACAAGGAAGAUUUUUCUGCUGGCUUCAAAGCAAACAAGAGACACAAGUUCUUUGAGAAUAAUGAGAGGUACAGUUUAAUAAAGCUUGCAUGCAAGGAGACAAAUCAAUACAACCUGAACGAACGGCUUUGAGAGAAAACUUUUAUAGGAAGAGGUGUUGCUAUAUAGGAGGUGCAUAUACGCACCUCAUUAGGGUUAGUCUAAAAUGAGAGGCUAACGCUAUCUUAAAAUGCCCAAGGCUGCUGAGUUUGAGCAUGUGAAGCUCCCGUUCUGGAGUCAAGAGGCCUCUCGGCUAGAGCAGAUAAUAAAGUCUGUGUGUCAAUGUGUAUCAUACCAGAAAUACAUAUGCAUGUUUGUGCAUAAUUAUUCCAAAAAUUAGUCAAAUCAAUAGGAAUAAUGGACACAAAAGAUUUGAGAACUGCAAUAACAAACCGUAUUUUCCUGACAACCCAAAUCGCGGUUGGGUAUGUACCGUGCUUUUAAAAGGAUAGUCUGGGUUUUUUGACAUGAAGUUGUAUGACAUCCCCAUCAGCAAUGUUGUGCACCAAGUGUGAGUGUGAAUUCUGGUCAGUUUUUGAUGUUGAUAAAGUUCUUCCGCCUAGAUGGCCGGGGGUUCACAAAAUUAAAGCGUUUUGCUUCUCAAAACAAGAUGCGUUGAAAAGAGUAAUACAUUUGCGUCACACACGGUUUUCCACGAAAAGUCAGAUCUCACAAUCACUCGGUAUUACUGUACACUGCCGCCUGCCAACUGUUGCAUAUCUUUCCAUCACCUGUUUCACAGUGUUUACUUGCUUGGAUGUCUCACUACAAAACAAGUGAUGACGACAUUGAUUUUAGCGCAAAGCCAAAGAGAUACCUAUACGAACCGGAAUACACUGAUGCUGAACUUCGUCAGAUGGAGUUAGAAAGGCAGAGAGGGAGAGGAGUGACGGAGAAGUGGUCCAAGUUGAAGCUGGACCCACAGAUGUAGCUGUGGGAAACACAGUGAUUGACAAAUUGUUCCUAGGCUAAUGCUGUUAGCUUUUAAACAAGGCGGUAAUAGGCGGCAUGUAAUUAGCUGGUAACUAGUUCUUACUUGGGGUGUUGGAACAGCAGAACUCUGGGCGUGGAGGAAUGUAAUCAUCCUUGCUGAAGUGUGCACUUCACACACAAAGCUGUUUCAUCCUUGCCACUUUAGGGCCCACUUUAUAGCCAAUAUGGCAACAAGGCAAAGUUGCAUAAUAGCAAUGUAUGUGACAGGAAAGCGAUGAAUAUACAGUAUAGGGCAUUUCAGGCACAUUUUUGUGGUUACAGCCCGGAUAAUUGCAAGUCUGCAGCAUUUUUUACAUAGAGUAUAUUCAUUUGUGACAAUGUAUUUCCCACUCUAGCACUCACUUUAGCUCUCUCGCGUUGCAGCAGUUGUCGUCAUCUGAGCAUGUGAACGUUGUGAAACAGGUGAUGCAAAGGUGCGCAACAGUUGACAGGCGGCAGCACGCAGUAAUCCCAAGGCAGAGAAAAUGGCAGAGUGAUUGUGAGGUCUGACUUUUUUUGUGAAGCAAAAAUAUUACUCUUUUGAAUGCAUAUUGUUUUGAGAAGGACAAUGCUUUACUUCUUUACUUGCUUUUACUUUUUCCCACCAACUAGCUGGAACAACUUUCUUCAACACCGAAAACUGACCAGAAGUCUGCUCACGGGACGAAGUAGGGGAAAAGUUACUGUUGAUAUACUACACUGCUGAUGGGGAUGUCCUACAACUUAAUGUUGAAAAAUCUGAAUUAUCCCUUUGAGGUCGUCGUUCGGUUCAUUUUUCGUACAGUAAUGGAACUAAAUGUAAAACAAAACCUACCGUAAAAAAUAAACAUGAAAUUACAUAUGAUAGGCUGGACUUGUGGUUAGCAUGUCAGCGUCACACAACUUUAAUCUUUAUACGUGUUUCACCUGAAAGUGUUUCUAAAAGGGAGCCGUUAAGGACGGAAGAGGGUUUUUCAAGCUCUGGCUUCUUUGCAUUGUUGCUAGCCAAAGGCUGUGCUGCACAGUAUUUCUUUUUUUAUUACACGGAAUAUUAUAUUCGGUAUUUGAGUACCGAGUUGACUCAUGACACAAGGUAUAUAGGUGUUUAAAGUAACAUUUAACAGCCAUUAGUUAACCACUGUUAAUAUUAAAAUGUUAAUAUUAAAUUAAUAAAUCAAUAUUAAAAUGUAGUAAAUAACAUUUUAAGGGUUGAUCGGUGCUUGAUAAGCAAUUGUGGACCUGCCAACAUGUAUGCAUUUUUCAUACUCUGCACGCAUUUCAACCUUUGUGUACUCUUCGCUACUUUCCAGGUACACAUUUUGUCACAUUUCACCUGUUUCAAGUUCAGUCUCUGAAGCCUAGAAUAUGCUCCUGCAUCAAGGCGCAAACCUUCUUGCACAGCAUGACGUGUACCACCAAAAAAAAUGUUACCUCAUGCUGUGGGGACGCAGACCACAUAUAGGCUACCAAAGGUUGACUUUUUUUACAUGAUUUCCUGUGUCACCUUCUUCGAUUUUGGACCAACAUUUGCGAUAAGUGUAACAUAUGGAUUAGUUCCGGCUUCAAUAACACUCCUUCUGUCUUUCUAAACUUCUAAAAUUCCUUCAAGGUUGGCACGUCUGCAGUUGCCACACAAGUUAUACAAGAAGAGAAACAAUUUGAAAUUUUGUGUAUUAUUCCAGAAGAUUUGAUUGAACUACAACUUGUGCGACCUUAAGGGAUGUUUGACUUUGGAGACUCCACCAUCGUCUUCCACUUGUGCACAUCCUAUAUAAACACUUCCACUCCAACUUAGGACAUUUUCGGCUCAUUUAGAUAUCACAGCAUUCUGUCAUGUCUUCCUCUUACUUGACUCAUUGUAUUUCUGUAUAGAAAAUGUUUGAGCAUUUUGGUUUGUUGUUCCCACUUUAUUGCCCAACAUUGCAGUUUAUUUGCAUGUGUCUGGCUUAAAAUAUGAAGGAGUAAUUAAGAAAAGCUGAGCUUCAGGAGAGAACAGAAAUGUUUAACAUUAUGAUUCUCAAAUACAGAAAAAAUGUAGCAAAUUUAUCACUGAUUAUAUGGACCAAGAUUCUUUGGAAAAUUGCCAAAGAUGAAUCCUGUCCAUCAAGACAACUUCUUCCGAGUUUCACCUGUUGUGCACAGUAGGGAUGGGCAUAAUAGAUCGGUAACUGUAUCAGUAUACACAUGGUAUGUAGCCAUGUAACUGGAAGAACCUCAGCUAAAAGCACGACCAAACCAAUUUCAGGACAACGGGAGACAAUUCAAACCACAAGCGCGUAAUUGGCAGAUGUUGUAAAGCAUGAUGCAAGCAGUCCAAGACACUAUACAUUUUCACAUUUACAGUAACCAUCCAAGUCUUUCCAUUACUUUGAUACUAAGAUCAUUCAUGUAGACCUUGUACAUGCAGAGAAAAACCCUAUUUAUAUUGGAUAUGUGUUUUUCGAACAAAAUGGCGCCAGCUGAAUGAAUGGUUAGGAACUCUAUUGAUCCUGUAUAACUUAUUAAUUCUGUCUUGAAGCCAUUGAGGAAAAAAUACAGUGAUCUACUUGUUGGCAACCGGUAGAGACACUCUUCAUUCACCCAGUCUAUUCUCAACCAGUUUUCGGCCAAACGAAGAACAAAGCUAUGUCAGCUUGGGAAGGUCAGCUGUCCUUUUCCAAUUAGUCAUUCAUAUGAUCAUUGAGAUUUUUGAUUAUGAUUAAACCUGAGAAAAGAGUUGAAGCUUACAUCAGGCGAGAGCCGGUCUUCCUUUGGACACUGUUUAAUUAUAUGGAUAAAUGUGGCAAUUAUCAUCAUGUCAUUCUCGCAGAUACAAACAAAACAUCAAAAUGAACAUGAAGCACGCUAGAAACCAGCAAUAGAAUUAUGUCCAGGUUGUAUUUCUUGUACUUGACUAUAUCACCCUAUACUAUUGACCAGCUCUUCAUUCAUGGAUUGUGUUUAAUGAGCUUGCCAUAGACGGGACAACAGUAGCGUAUUAUAAAGAUAAAUGAUGGCUCAGUCUGACCUAGCUGAAUUUUUCUCAAUGGUAAUACGAUUUUUGAGAUCUGCCCAGCUCCUCUUCAUAUGUGUACACUGUAACCAGAAAAGAGCUUUGAAGUAAAUUAUUUAAUAUAUUUUUCGUAUUUUUAUUUUCUACCAUGUUCUUUUGUCCAAAAGCGCAGGCAUUCUUGUCACACCUCAAAAGUAUGUUGAUGUAUUCUCAGGGCAUUGAAUCGAUUUGUUCAUGUUCAUGCACUCCAUAGGAUAACUCUAGUCCUAUGUAGUCUUUGAGCGCGAACUGAUGAAGCAUGUCCAGGUUGGAGGUGGAACGCCUUCUAAGACAACCUGAAUAAUCUAGUUGCUCCACGACUAGCUCGGACAGCGCAAAUCCUACCUAGUUUUUGAGCAUGAACUGGUAAGGCCUCAUCAGAUGGGAGGCGAAGAAGCCCCUUCCAAAACAACCUGAACAAUCCAGCUUCUCCAAGACUAGAUAGGACAGCUCUAACCCUACCUAGUCUUUGAGCAAAAACUAAUAAGGCCUGAUCAGAUGGGAGGUGAAGCACCUUCUAACACAACCAGAACAGUUCAGUUUCUCAGACUACAUAGGACAGCUCUAGUCCUAUCUAGUCUUUGAGCAUGGACUGAUGAAGCCUGCUCAGAUGAGAGGUGCAAUGUCUUAUAAGACAACCUGAACAGUCCAGUUGCAAUCUAUUCAAUUGUCAUGAGAAUACAAUGAGCUGGAUGAAUGACAACAUUCACAGGCAUGUUAUGUAUAUAUGUGCAAUAGAGAACCUAAUAUACACAUCAACCUAAAAUGUACCACUGUAUAGAAAUUGUAUUAGCCUGCACAUUUGUAAGGCUGUGAAGUUAAUUUUUAUUUUUAAACCUUGCAUACAAUUGUAUAUAUUUUCUUUCUUUUUAUCCUGCAGUUGGUAAAUAGAGGACAAAUAAUCCUGUCCUGUCAUGUUAACUGUAUGUUGUGUGUACAGCAGAGUUGUAGAUAUAUCUAAGGAGAAGCCUUGUAUUGUUAUUGGUGGAAGAGUGGGUUUAUUUCAGUAGAUGAAUUCAAAGGUCACAUUCAGUCUAAUUCAUUGGCUGUGUCUCAAUUGACGCACUUCCGUACUUCCACUUUUGAUUGCAUACGUGUGUGUUGUACUCAAAACGGGCAAAAUGGUUCAGUGCGCACGCUUAGCUACCCUCGGUAGUCGCCAUCCAGGCUACUUAGCGGAAGGGGAGGGACUACCAAACAAAAAGAAUGCAAUCUCUGCCUCAAAGUAAGCAACGGAAACAUGCAAGCGAGGAAAAAGGAAUUUUUAAUCAUCAUUUUAAAUUACAGUAUAUCGCCGUUUUUCGUAGGAGUUAUGUUCCAAGGCUGUUAGCGAAUGACGGCAAUCCAUGGGUAGAAAUUUCAUGAAUGAUUAUAUUACAUUCAGCUUCGGAAAGUUCUCUCUUCAUUUGCCAUUGUUCACUUGCGACGGAAGCUAGCCACUAAAUGCACAAAUCGGGUUUAAGCCCUAAAUAUGCUCGGCAGACUUCCUAAACACACUUUAGAUGAUAAAAUAUAUAGAUACGCAGAAUGAUGGAAUUGGUGUCACGGUGUAGUCUGGCACAGCAGCAGGUUCAAGGAACACCGAACAAAAUGCGACAUCUCAGUGCUUGAUGAAAAACCUGAUCAGUAAAGCAUAAAACAGUGGAACACAUACGCUAUAUUGUAUUUAUAAUUAUUGUUACCAGUUUAUGGUGAAUGAGAUGUUUUCUGUGGGGGGAAAAAAAGGCCUAUUUUCUGAGAAAAAAGUUUUGGUUUUUUUUUUUAAACAAAAAUCUGUAAAUUUGUAAGGCUGUGAAUGCUGAAUCAUGAAUCUACCGUAUUGUACGAUCGCUGGCAGGUGUUUUAUCGGACUAUCCCAAUGUUCCUCUGUAAGAGUAAUUGCUAUUCACUAUUAAAAAGGAGACAAAUAGAAGAAGAGGCGGGCUAGUAUUGCGAUCGUUUACAGUAAGUGCCCACUACACUGUCAAAAUGUCCGCACUUGGGAACUAAGUACACAGUACACACAGUAUACUUGUUGAAGUGUACAGACGGAAGUAUUUCAUUUGAGACACAGCCUUUAUAACGAUUCACUACACAGUGAAAUAUUUCAAGAAUAUAUUUCUAUGUAUAAUUUUGAUGAUUAAAGCAUACAGCGAAGAAAACCACCAAAUUGUGUCUGGUAAAAUGUGAAUAUUGUGAAACAUUUGCAAACUACUGGUAUCAGUAAAUGAACUGAAAAUGCCACCUGGGGAUUCCAGGAAUUGUACUCCUGAAAUAAAUUCACUUUUGCACAAUAUUCUGAUUUACUGAGAUGCACCUGUGUCUAAACCUGUUGGUCUCUACCUCUCGGGCUAUCUAACUUGGCUUUGUUAACCUCCAUAUGUUCAUGGAGAUGAAGCUUUUCUACUAAAAUGAUCAAAUGGACUUCCCCUGCCCAUUCUUUCUUGUAAGCUUCAAUUCAAAUUUUGACUCACCCAGUGUUUAUAUAUUCCACCAUUUGCCAUCAAAUAGCCAAGGUUUACCUGACUGUUAGCGAGUUUUUGCUCCGAGAGCUAAUAGGACAUAAGUUGGGUUAUUUUUUUUUUUGUAAAGACUGUCUUCAAAGCUCAGUCUCAAGGAUUUGAUACUUCAAAAACUAUUCUGUUCCAAUUUUAUACAGUACAAAGUACGAAGUAUGCUCUUUUGUUGAUUUAAGUUGAAUGUACUGCUGUCAGAAAUUUUAUUGUCCACCGUAACCUAAAACUAAAGCAGCAUCAGCCUCCAGAAUUCAACUUUAGCUAUGGAUGAGGUCAAAGGAAAGCAAGUUUUGGAAAUGUUACUACAAUGUCCCACAUUCAUGAUCAUGAAGAGGAUAGUUGAGUCUACACUGAUUAAAUGGUAGAUGUUUGGUUUGGGAUAACUUGAGGUGUUCCUAUCGCUGGCUACCUGACAGAACUUGGUGAGAGGUGACAAACUAUCGGGGUGGGAGAUACUGCAGAUUUUGAUAUCAAUGCCAAUUAAAUACAGGGCUAGUAUUUCGGAUACUUUUUACUUGAAGUUUUUCAGGACCAUUAAUUUUUUAUUUUUUUUAAUAAUCAGAAUAAGACACAGGAUUAGGAUUUCAGACAACAAAUAUUUAUUAUAACUCUUACAUGAGAGCAAUUUAACAAUAUAUAUAAAACACUAAAAAUAACAAUGAUAAUACAAUUAUUCCUUUCUAUGACAGACACUAUGUACAUAAACAUCGCCAAAAACUAUGACUGACUCUCAUUCAAAUCCUUUUAAUUUUUUCCUGUGUCCAAGAAUGUAUUCCCUGAGUUUGUAAACAAUGUAAGAAUAUGAACACAACCAAAAAAUAAUUUGUGAAAAUAAACAUAAGAGAACUGAAAAAUGAUUUUUCAUCACUUUAGUAAGCCGAGAAUGAUCGAUCCACCCACCCCGACCAGAUGGUCACUUUGGCCGACCACUGUGGAUUAUUUCCAGAAGAAAAUCACCACGUUGACAUGCACACAUUAUUCCUGUAAUAACCAGAAAACAGAAAACCACUUUUAACUUCCGGGACCACCAGCCACUGGCGAAAAUCUACGAGUAAAGGCGAUGGCGAUAAAAAUCUAUUUUUGAACCUGCGACUUGUAAUCACAAGAUUAGAUUCAGCUCCCCUUCUCUCUUCAAUAUUCGAUCUGUAAAACAGGGCGAGGUUCACCCCGGUGGCAUCGCGCCUCGCUCAUGCGUGAUUCAUGGAUGAGUGGUGCUCCACUAUGCUCUCAGUGUGGAGCAUAGUGUCUCAGCUGCACCCGCUGAUGCUCAGUGAGAACAGAAACUGCAACUCAAUGCAUGCUUUCACUUUUAAUCCCCCAAAUACCAGAAAAUUCUCAAAUGCCGCCAGAAAAAGUAGCUAGUCGAUUUUGUCGGCAAGAGGGCUUGGAAUGUUGCCAGAUUUAUUGACAAAAGUUGCCAAGUUGGCAACACUGACUCCACUGGCAAUCACUCCCGCAUGGCUGGGUGGCGUGUGUAAAGUAUGAUACUCUGGCAGGACUUGAAGAUCGAUGAUAAAAAACUUUGGCGUUGCAAAAUCUAAUAUCCAAAAGCUUUUGUCGAGUGUGAGAUGUUAAACCAGCAAAAUAAUACUACAAAACUGCAAAUCUGGAAGAGACGCCGGGCCUUGUUGGUUUUACACGCCGCCAUCUUGCAUAAGUAUGGGUCUUCUGUUAAACACACGUCAUUUUCAAUUCUUUAUUAACACAAAUGAGGCUGAAUUGUAUCAAAAUAGGGUAUUUAUAACAAAAACAAAGACAUUCUGAGUAAAAAUGUAUGCUCGACAGCAACUGUGGGUAACCCCAUGUGGUCAGAAUGGUGCAAUCUCGAUCACAUGAAAUUUUCAUAUGAUUUGACUGCGAGAUUGAUAGUCGCAUCAGACUCCUCCGAAUCGAUGACGGGUCGACUAAUUGACACCCCUAGUAAAUAUUGACAAAUCUUCGGUUAUUAAAAAGCAAAUACUGACUCCUGGCAUACACCUGUAUCAACCCGUAAUCAUGUAAAACGGAAAAUUCACCCAGCCGGAGUAUUACGUGAUUACUGCGAAGGCUCACUGCUCAAAACUGACACGGUAAAGGUUAACAUUUUUGGGUUGAGGAAGAAACAAAUAUAAUAUCCUUAAAUACUUUUCCUUUAAAGGAAAAAAUUUAAGAUUUGUCUAUACAGUUGUUGAUUAUACUGUAUGUAUACAAAUACUGCUUUUGAUAUGACAUAUGAUGCGAAACUGCUUAGGCAACAAAAUGUAACAAAAGUAAGCUUUUUGUUUGUGGAGUUCAGCUUUUUGGCCAAAGAAACAUUUUUUUUUGGUUUUGAUGUCAGGACGUUAUUACCAACAUUAUUGGGAAUGUGCUGACUGACAUGUAAACAGGAAUAUUCUCAUUGCUUGUCGAUGCAAACAUGUCAUGUCUUUAAGAUAACAUCGGUCUUAACGGCAAUAUUGUGUGCAUGUCAACGUAGUCACUGAAGACAAAUUUUAGACAUUUGUAAAAGUUUGGCAUGUGAAAAAAAAUAUGUGACAGUUGGGUAUGAAAACUUCCUAACCAAUAAAUUGAACUUUCUUUGGGCUUAGCCAAUAAAAUCUGUAUGCUAAGUUGUGGCCUACUUGUAUAUUUACAGGCGCAGUAUGAUCUCCUUGAGCUUGUUCUAUGAUAAAGACAUAACAGAAUUGCAAAUGCCACAAGUACAGUAUACGCUGUAAAGAAAUGAAUCUUUUAUCGAGAAAACAUGUCAAAUGUAAGAAACACAAGCUAUGUAGAGCAUAGUCAAUGCACUGGGCGGAUGUUGGAGUGGCCAGACGUAUGUGUCUUGUUCAGAUUUUGACCACUGUAACACGGUUUUAGUAAUGCAUAAUCUAGCCAUUCACGGUCUAGAGCUGUCUCGUUCUACAUUACUACAUGCUCCAAGUGUUAAUUGGAAACUGAGGUGAAUUCUCAGGAAUCAACACAACUAGCAGUGGUCCAAGUUUCUACUCGCCCUUCCCAUCACCUCGAUGACCUUCAUGUGCAGAUAAUGCAUUUUUGCUUUAUUUUGUGUUGGAAUGAAGUACUUGAAUCAAUUGAGAAAAUACUCCUUUCAAAUAUUUUUUCAGUAAUGGCUAAAUUACCUUGUAAGGAAACCCUGUGUGUGAAGCUAACCACAACUCCAUACCCACUGGAUUAUCUGGAUUUGUAUUAUUUGCUAUCAUAAACAACGCGUAUAUAUUUUAUGUUUUAAAUCAGAUGCAUACAAGUUGUGGAAAAUUACCCAAAUCCUCCAUCUGGAAAAUAAUGUUGACUUCAUUAAAUGUGACAUUUGAAGAAAUCUGUAACUUGUCUU